AUGAUUCUACUGCUAUUGGCACUUCUCUUGCCCGUCACUUCAUAUGACUUUGCGGCGGAUUUGAAGAGGAUCAAAAAGGAGUACUAUUGUGGUAAGUUUUCAACGGUUCAUUUGUCAGCGUCUAGCAAUUUUCAGACCCUGAAUGCACCUUUAACAAAUCUGAAUUGACUUUGGAGACUAUUGCGUUUUUUCCUGAAAAGUGUACGUAUACGUGCGGAAUAAUAACUCUCAACGAAAAGUUGGAUUUGAGUGUUGCUCAACUGAAGAAGGCAUUCAAAAAGAUGCAGAAGCUGUCAGGAGGCAUCAGAAUUGAGAAUACCAACUUGACCAGCUUGUCGUUCUUAUCGAAUUCCUCCUAUUUUACCAUCAGUUGUGAACUUAGUAGGUGAUUUAUCCGCUAUUAGAAAAGCAAACAUUUCUCGUUAAUCAGUCGGCAUUUCAAUAGUGAACAAUUCGAAACUCUCGGACGCUGACGUCUUGUACGAGCUCUAUCAGUGGCCAGAAUGUCCGUUUCAAGUGGAGAACAACUCGCAAUUGGAUGUGGGCACUCUGUGUGAAAGCAGGUUUUACGAGGCAAAAGUGGGCAUGCAAGUGUAUGGUAACAAGAGAGAUUGCGGUUAGUUUCGACACUUUCAACUGAAAAAAGAACGUGAACGCUCACAGGGUGUAAAGGAGAACAAGUGAAUGAGAAAUGCACUGCUAUAUUCGGCGGCCUCAUCCUCACCAACUCUUCUCAACUUCCUGCCCUCGCCAAUGUGGUCAAUAUCACCGGGAACUUUGAAGUUCACCACUCCAACUAUCAAAAUCUGUCGUUCCUAUCUAAUUUGCGAGUGGUGAAAUCAAAAGCAGAAUUCAGAAGCCGGACGAUGAUUAUGAACAUUCACGACAACAGCCAAAUGACUCGAUUAGGAUUGAGCGCGUUGACGGUUUCCAGAAUGAUCUUAUUUCCGCGUAGAACAUUCAAUUUCAGCUUCUUAUAAACGUCGAUUCGGAUGUGUUCCCGGUGAAUUUAGAGAAUUUACACCCGGAUUUCUGUCUAACUACCAGUGAAAUGGCGCUCUUUCUCCGAAUGAACGUGAAGUUCCAGAAUGUUCAUGCGCAUUAUUGUGCAGAAGAAGCGAGUGUGGCGAGUGUUCCUAGAACAUGCAAGUUCGAGAAAAUGAGCAGUCUGGAAGAGAAUUGCAAAUGGGUACUGGGCGACGUUCUCAUCGAUUCCGGGGAUGAGAAUUACGUGGAAAAGUUGACAAAAGUCACACACAUAUUCGGGACACUCGUCAUUCGGAGCACACAACUCGAGAGCCUGGCUUGUCUGACCAGCUUGAAAUUUGUCGCCUCUUUGUCCGGCGAUUCGCGUCCUGCUAUACAAAUUCUAUACAAUAAGAGACUCGAAAACGCCACGAUGCCUAAUUUUAAGGUAGAGUGAAUUGUGAGUGUUGCUCCAAACAAAACUGUUUCAGAAAACGUUGACACAAGGAUCGAGCAACGUGCUCAUAAAGGACAAUGCUCCGAAACUGUUCGAGAAGACAUUGGAUUGCCUUCAACUUCAGGCCGCUCUGAGAACUAAUCUCACUUUUAAUGACAGCAAUUGCAGUGAGUUUCCGAUGACGCCACAUUUGUACGAUUUGAUUUCCAGAAAACUUCAACAAGACUGUAAAUGACACGUCGUCUUCGUCUCUUUCAACGCUUUUUCUCGUUUCAUUCAUCUUAAUUGAUGCCUGA